UCUUGUCUGCUUGUAAAAUGAGCUGGUAGGCGAAGCCACAUUUAUGUGGUAAUGACUGCUGUUAACCCGCUGUCGGCGACGCGGCUGCCGAUGCCGGCGUUCUCGUCGCGCGCCGUGCUGAUGUACAGCGCGGCGGUAGGGGGCGAGGGCGUCGCGCUGCAGCUGCGGGAGGCUACGCCGGCGGAGAUCGACGAGCGGCUGGCCCUCGCCUGCGCCGAGCCCGAGCUGCUCGCCGACCUGCUGCACGCCGCUGCUGAUAUAGACGGUGAGCACGAUGGUCUGACAGAAUUGCUGCGAACAUCUCCGGAUCUGGCGCUCGCGUCGGACGCUUCCAACAGUUUGCCUGACUAUGACCACGACCAUGACAACGAUUGCACAACGUCAUCUUCGUCAAGCUUGAGCGGCAUCACCAGGGUGUCGGUGGCGGUUACGGGCAUCGAACGGCCAACGGCAAAGAAGAUCAGACCAAAGCCAGCUUCGCCAAACCGACAAGGACCUCAGCAGUGCCAAGUAUGUAACAAAGUGUUUGGCAACGCGUCCGCUCUCGCCAAACACAAGCUGACGCACAGCGACGAGAGGAAGUACGUCUGCAUCACGUGCACUAAGGCGUUCAAGAGGCAGGACCAUCUAAACGGGCAUAUGUUAACACAUCGCAACAAGAAACCGUACGAGUGCAAAGCCGAUGGCUGCGGCAAAUCGUACUGCGACGCGAGAUCCUUGCGGCGGCAUACUGAAAAUCAUCAUCAACCACCACCUGAAACAAAAGCUGCAAGUUCAACGGAUUCCGUCGACCGUGACACGAAUGCAUCGCGUCUGCCUUCACCCACUUCACCACCUCGCGCCAGUUCCACGACCUCUGACUCGAGCAGCGGUUCAGACAAGAGUGGUUCACACUCAGGGGACAACAGCCCUCCCCGCACACCUCCCGCACCACCGACGCCGCCCGCCCGCCCAAAAGCCAGCAAAGCAAGCAGCAGCAAACCCAAGUCUAACGCUAUUACGCAGCAAAGCAGCCCGAAAUGUGGGAGCGGCGGCAGUGCUAGCGGGACAAGCACAAGCGGGACUGGCCCGACUCGCGGAAAUGACGUCAAGCAAGUUGAGUGUAACUUGUGUCAUCGCAAGUUCAAAAAUAUUCCUGCACUCAACGGUCACAUGCGGUUACACGGUGGUUAUUUCAAAAAGGACUCGGACAACAAGAAAUUGGAUAAAAAGGAAUCAACAGGGCCGCCGUUACAAACAGCUUCUGUGUCUGUGAGAGCAUUGAUUGAAGAGAAAAUUAUAAGUCGGCGAUGUGCCACCGUAUCUUCAUCACCGUCCAUUGGUACAAAUACAGAAAUUACCGUCACAUCUCGUUCUGGAUUUGUCGCUCCACCGCCACCGCCCUUAUCGACUAUUAAAUCAUCACCAGCAUUAACAAUUUCACCAUCUAGCCAAUUUAUUUCACCACGAGCUCCUCCGGUAGUUACGGUAACUCCUAAUGUUACAAUAACAACUUCUGGUGGUAUUGCUGGAGCAAGAGACUCCACACUAAUAGAGUUAUUAAAAAAAGGAAGUUCAAAGGUAAAACGGUCAGCAUCAGAUCCAGGUCAAGCAUCGCCCCAACAAGAAUUUACGUUUAGGCCAGAAUUAUUUGGAGUAUCGUUUAAUUCAGAUGAUGGAUAUUUUUCUCCUGCAUUAAAUGAAGAUACAUUUCAAUUUACAACUACAUCAGACCAACUAGAUGAACUAGCAUCGUUAGAAGAUUAUGCAUCUGUUGCCGCAUCGAUACGGGAACGGUCGCCUGUUACAUAUCCGUCCAGUAGAAGACUAGCUGCUGUAUUGAAUUCACCACUCCCGGAGUCUUUGGCCGAUUUCGGGGCUUGUCAUGGCGGAUCUCCCGUACCAUCACCUGGUAUAGGUUAUAGCGAAAGCUCUCCAGGCCUUUCUUACACAACUGGCGAUUCACCCGGCUUAACAUAUGCCGCGUCUUCACCAAGUGGAAGUUAUUCAACACACCCAGAACCUUCACCGGGUCUAGCUUAUCCAACGCCUCCAGCAUCUCAUGAUGCUCACUCACCGGCACACACCUUACCCCGUGCAUCAUCACCGUUAUCAGCUGCUUUCUUUACAGCUACUAUGUCAAGUCAAGAAGAGGUUGAAGAAGCAUUAGAAGAAGUUUUACCUGACGAAUGUAGAUCAUUAGACGCAUAUAUUUUAGAACCAACAACGGCACGAAGAAUAAUGCUUAAUUCUGAAGAUCCACUGUUAUCAAGCAGCCCCAGAGAUUUUCCGCAUCAAAGGUCUAUCCGUAGACAACAGAGAUUAUUAGCACCUGUAACAACACCAUUACAACAAUGGACCCACGACUCCCUACAGGUUUGUGUGGAAGGCCGUGACUCAUUACCAGCGGUAUUUUUAAGUCCAAGUAGUGUACCGGCGUCACCACAAAGACGCAAAAGACGAGCUUCUCCUGCGGGUCCGUAUCGUUCACGAAUGCGUCGAAUGGUUAAUCACUACACACCACAACCAAUCCUUGCACCGUAUCGAGAAGGCCCGGGCUUAAUUGCCGAAAUGUUAAAUGGUCUUCAAUCAGACGCAGAUGUGCUGUCACAGAUGGAAGAACCCCAUUUACCCCGAAUUAAUAUUGGAUCAGAUCAUCAAGCAGAUUUACCAGAAUUAUGUAAUGAUCGUAUCGAUUUACAUCGUGCGCCUGAACAGCUUCUUUGGGACCCUGGUAUUAAUGAUGCUCUCGAUGACAACGAAGUUCGCAUGUUUAUGGAGCUAGCCAUGUGUGCAGCUAUGCCUGUUGGAGGACACACGAGAGAGUUCGCCUUGCAGACUCUUGGCGAAUGUGGAGGCGAUAUUAGAGCUGCUACUUUACGCCUCAUGUCUCGUCCUGCCGCGCAAUCUCAACAUGAGUCACGAUGGACGCCUGAUGAAGUAGAAGCUUUCUUAGCUGGACUGAGUCAGUUCGACAAGGACUUCUUUAGAAUUUCGCAACUGGUAAGAACAAAGGACUCCAAACAAUGUGUGCAGUUCUAUUACUUUUGGAAGAAGGUAACUAAAGACUAUAAAACGCUGUACUUACGAAGUUGGCACGACGCGCAAGCACCUCAAGGUUCGGUAGGGCAGAAUUCAUCAGUAGUCUCAACCUGCACGUCACCUUCGCCCUCGUUCGAAGGAGAAGAGUUUCCGUGCAAGAUCUGCGGGAAAGUAUUUAACAAAGUAAAAAGUCGUAGCGCGCACAUGAAGUCGCACCGGCCACUCGACGCCGAGCCGAAAAGGCCAAAACUCGAAAAGCCUUAUGAAAAGGUCGAGAGAUCUGACGACAGAUCGCAAGCGACUGCUGAAUUCCAAUACAAACUACCCACACAGUAACUACUUCUAGCUCAGAGCGGCGGCACACGAUGCGUUGCGGCGGCGGUGAGGCGCCGGAGCGGUGUCGGUCCGUUGUGUUACAUAGAAAUAUCUGUGGCAUGUGACACGAUGCGCUCCGGCGCCGCACCGGACUUGCAACCACCGAGACAAGGCGGAUAGGGGUGAAUGAGUUGCGACGUCAGAGCGGCACCGCUCAGUUGUUUAUGUCACAACGCAUCGUGUGCCCCCACUCUCAAUCAAACCGCUCGCGCGUCGUGCUGUGUUCCUUGCGACUAAUCAUCGCAUUCAGCUGUUGAAUGUUGAAACAUAUUCGCGUAAUACGACUCAAGCGUAUCCGUGUCAUCACAACCGCUUUUGGCGUGAGCUGCAACCGCCCGCCUUCACUCGCACCACGCCCGACAUUUUAUACUCAAUAACGAAUUUUAGUUACCAAGUCAAAAUGAGCAUUGAAUGUGAUUUAAAAAAAUAGUUUUAUAGACUAAAAUUACUUAGAAGAAGCCGAUUAGUAAAUAGUAGCUAGAAAGAUUAGAUAUUGAGAAAAUAAACGAAAUUAUACUAAAAUGAAUAUUUCAAAAAACUGAGAUCGCAUAGAAAUAUUUUGUAUAACGAUUGAUAAAAUAAUUGUAUGUAGGUAGGGCCUUCGUAAAGUUUUUAUAUGACAGACUUCUCAAUGUGACUUUGCAAGUGUGAUGUUGUAAAUAAAUGAAUAGUUGUUUGUCGCUACGGUUCGGAACGGCGGGCAGCUUUAUGGAGAUAAUAUUAAUCUAUAUUUCUAUUACGUGUGAUAAUUAAACGUAACUCGUGUAGUAACUACACUACCUCUAAUUAAUUGUUUUGUUUUUUUAUUGCGAGCCCAGCUCACUGUUCAUUACAAUAGCUUGUUUUGCUCACUCUCUUGUUGUUAUGUUGGUAGUAUUCUUUGUUGAUUUUAUUUUUCUAGUCAUAGCUACUAGAUAAAUAUAUUAUGGAGCGUACUCGAUUGCGUGAAUGUUUUAGAUAGAUAUAAUUUAAGUGAACUGAAUUCAAUUUGUUAACCGUACCGUAAAUUAGUCACAUAUCGACGCAGUUUUAGAAAAAUAUUGACAGAAAUAAUACCUAUCGGUUGUCGCGCUUCUGUGAAUGUGUGAUCAGAUUUAUAACUUGCUUACAAUAAUUAUGAUUAACCAAAGUGAUAGAGUUAAACUGACUUCUGUACACACAGUGAUUUACGAUCUAGUCCAGGAUCCGAGGAAUAUUUUUACAAUUGAUAAUGAUUUUAAAUAUCAAGCAAAUUUUGCGUGAGUGGCUUCAUCUUGAUGAUACGUUUAACUUUUUUAUUUACUUAAAACUCGGUCAUCUUACAGUCACGGCUUACAGUCACGUCGUUGACGGCCUCCGUGGCGCAGUGGUAUGCGCAGUGGACUUACAAGACGCAAGUCCUGGGUUCUGGGUAAAGUAAAGCUAUCAAGCUUUACUUCACCUUGUAAAAAUGUUCCCGUAUCCUAAACUAUAGUUGUCUUAGUAGUUAUGGAAUUCUGUCUGGCUUUCGAUGAAGUAAGGCGUACACCAAUUUAAAAGCAGAGCGUUGCUAUCUAAAACGGAAGAAAAGUUCAUUAACGAAACGAAUAUUUAUUUUAGAGCACACAAACGCACAUGGUUCAUCAUCGUACUACUAAAUCCAAAAGACUUCCCGAAAUAGAUUGACUAUACUUUGAACUUAUAUACCUAUAAAAUGAGAUGGUCCAAAAUUGUAUGGAGCCCAGGAUCAGUCAUUGUACCCUGGCGAAAAUAAAAAAAAAAUUUUUUUUCUACUAUUUUUGAUUAUACAAAUCUACGAAUUUACUUUAAUUAUUUCGAAAUAAUAUUCAUUCUCUCUCAAGAAAUGCAACACUAACAUGGGUAAUAAUGGCGGAUUGAUGACGUAUUCAAUGCAGUAGUCGAUUUGACGUUUGCUGUCAAUUGGUAUGUCAUAGUUGCUUUAAGGAUGCCAUCUUGAUAUAACUUGAAAAUUUGGGUUUUUAUUUUAUUUAAUUCUUUUUAUUUAGUUAGAUUUAUUCACUCAUUAAAAUUUUAAUAAAAUCCUUGGAUUUUUUAAAUUUUAAUACUACGGGGUACAAGAGUGGACCUGAAAUGGACCAUCUCCUUUUGUUUAUAAAAUAAAUCAUAUUAUAAAUAUUGUUUGAUACACAUUCACAGAAGCCGGUUAAUUAAAUAAAAAAGUAUAAUAUAUUACAAAUAUUUUUUUACACAAAUAUUAUCUAAAUGCUCAAAGUACUAUAUUUUGUGUUGGUAAUUUUAUUAAGUAGAUUCUUGUUAAUUGUUCUGCCGCUCAGCAGAGUCUUGUAGAUGUAUUAUUUGUACUUCGUUAAUUUUCGAAAGUACAUAAUUUUAAAUUAAUGUAAAUUGUAUGUAUUUAACUAAUGUAUGUAUGUACGUGUACCUUACGUGUUGUGAUAAUAUCUAAUGUUUAUUGUUUUAAAUGUAUCUGUGUACUCUUUAAAUGGAAUGUACAAAACUGGCAAUGACCUGUUGCUCAAUUAUAUACAACAAAAUAUUGUGAAUUUGCCUGUUAUUGGUAACUUCUGCUGCCAAUGUUGUAACCGAUUGACCUAAUAAACGUAUUCUGCGGUUGUGAAAUUUUUUAAUUGGUAGUUGUGUUAAGAACGCAUUUAAAGCCAAAAAUCGGUAAAAAAUUUUAUUUACCGUCCUUGUGCCAAAAAUUAUUUGAUAAAUGUACAAAAUGUAUUCGUUAUCUAUGUUAACAGUGCCAAAUGUGAUUGCCAAAAAUUAGGAAACUUAAUUACGUACAAUAUAUUGUAAAGCACGUUAUUGGAUGCAGAAUAUACAGUAAUCCUUUGAGAUUUGAAUCUACAAAUGGUCUGUAUGAAAAAUAUUUGUAACAGCUUCAACGGCACGCCAAUACUCUCUCAAUAAACCUUAUACUAAAUGAGAAAUGUUAUAGUAAACGUCUUCAUCUUGGUGCUAUACCUAUUCACACCUAUAACAUAGCGCAGGCAAUGAAUAUAACACGCUCUUUGGUGCGUUAUCUUUAAUAUUGAUGGAAAUGGUUUAUUGUCAUAUGGAAAGCGUAAAUUGAUAUAAAUUUUAAUAUACCUUACACGGAUUUAGUAGAUUAACGAUUUUUAUGUCAGAAAUUCGUACCAGAAGAAAAACAAAGAUUUCCUCGGAUCGGCUUAUCGAAUUUUCACAAAAAAGUCGCAUCAUUAUAGGUCCAUUAAUUUAGAAAAUACGGUGCCGCAGAUAAACAGACAGUCUUACGUCAAACUUUUACUUGAAAAACGACCAGACGUUUGCUAAAACUUUUCCAUAUUACUUACCUUAUUUAUGUAUAUCUUCCGAUAGACAAUCUUACUAUUUUUAACAACUAGAUAAUUAUUUAGACAGUAUUCCUAGAAAAAGACAUAUGUAUGUAAUUUAAAUUCGUUUUAAACUGUUUUAAGUUCACCCUUAGGUUAAUUCACGAAAACGCGUAUGACAUUCGGAUUAACACUUACAAUGGAAUAGUAAUGCAACGAUUUAUUAAAGUGAAGGUAUACGGUGUAACUACUCAAAUGUAGGUACCUACAUGUUUCCUUCCAUCUGUACCUGAUUAAAAAUCUAUCAGAGCAACACUAAUACUAAUAUUUUUAUUGUCUGGUACGGCAAUAAAUAUAAUAAGAGAUUGAGGUAAGCUGCCGGCUUGACGCAAUGCUGUAAGGAAAGUAUAGAAAUUGAAAAGAACGGAGAUAAUGUAAUGUUGUUAUUAGAGAGAUUAAAUACUAUUUUAGAGUAUUUUUUAUCCGUCCGUAUGAAUAUAAAAGAAAUUAAAAUAAUUAUCGUGCGAAGCAUUUUUUUUCGUCAACUGUAUACUAAUGCAUAAAUAAACGACUACUCAGUUCAUUGCGUGACUAUCGAAAAACUAAUUAUUGACAUCUUACCUCAAUCUAGAAGUUUCAAAUCAAGCCACAAUUAGCUGCCGUGACUCUCUAAAAAAAUCUAGAUGUUGUAAUAUUUUAAGUAUAUUUUAAGGUGAAAUCGAAAUUUAAAUGCCUAUGUAUUUGUAAAUCACUAACUUGUGUGAUUAUUUGGUUGUGUUCUAUCUUAACAAAGUAGGUUUUUAUGGUAAACUGUUAUUUAUUGUUAAUUUUUCACUCUGUAUGCAAAAUUAUUGCCAUGUAAAAGAUAAAAUAAGAUUGCCAUAUUUAGAAAACUACGGAAUUAAAUAAAAUAGAAUUGAAAAACUUACAUUAGAGAAAAAUAGAUUGUUUUAGAUUAAGGCGAGGCGUUACCUAAAACUCUAUUCUUAAAAAUUUAGUGAAAUUAUACUUAAUUAGUGCUUUGCAUCUGCUGAAAAUAAUAUGCCGUACGUUUUAGAAAAAGUGAUUAGAUUUUAAAUUUCUUUUUAAGUAAAUAAUUAUAUCAUAAUAUAAACAUAAAAGACCAUGGCAAAUAGUGAUCUAUAAGUAUCCAUUAGAAAAUUUUAUAAAAUUUCAUCUACGUAUUAAAAUAAUAGGUAACUUUUAGGACGUUACAAUAGUCUAAUAUGCAAAAUCACAAAGUGUCUUUGUAUUUCACUAAUAAUUUUCAACUUUAUAUUAUUAUAGGUACCUAUUUACUUAAUCGUUCAAUUAAUAAUGUAGGUAUAUAAUUUAACAAUUUCUCUUUGCCAUGGUCAAUAUAAUAUAUUAUUAUUUUUUCUAUGUUCAUAUCGGAGUUAUUUUCAUAAAGUAAAUGAAUCUUGUUACGUAAAUACUAAAUAUAUUUUCAAAUAACGAUACCGGAAAUAGAUCUACGUCUAUGACAAAGACAAGUCCCUCCAGAGAUAUUUUUUAACAAUACUCUUAGCUGCUAAGACUGAAUGAUACACAAAAAAAUUUCUUCUAGACGUUUUUUAUUACGCAAAAUAAUAAUUUUGUCAUUUUUGAAAUAAGAACAAAGCAUGUUUAGCCAUUCUUCGUGCCAAAGCGACUCUAGUCAGGGUAUUUUACACAUACUACCCUCUUUUUAGUAACAUCUCUUAUUUGUUAAUAAUUCUUAUAGAAACGAGCGCUACGGGGUGAUCAAUAAGAUAAAAGUUAUAAAGUUCGCAUAACUAAGGUUACUAGCCAUCGAAACAUCAUUUUGUACCUUAAUAAAACCCUGAAUAUAAGCUGGAAUAUUUGUAAUCGGAGAGAAUAUUGAUUUAGGUAUCUUAUAAAUAGAAAAUAAUUCUAUUUCAAAAGUUUCACAAUACCGAUUAAAUUUAUAUUUAAAAAAAAAUACCUAGAAAAUUAAACAUUUUGCCUAGCAGAUUCCUAUUGUGAUAAGCAUAGGUCAUGAGUGCCGGUCUAAAGCAAGUAGCAAAGUAUGUAAUAUGAGAGCGAAACUAAAAUCAAGUAGAUUAAAAUAGAACCAUUUUUAGAUCAACCCUGAAGCCUGCGUUGCGCUUCGUAUAUCUAGAUGGAGCGUUUAAACUCUUUUUAAGCGUGGUCAUUAGAGUUCUUUAGUCCAUCGUCGAAUCUCGAAUAGUUACUAUCACGGAGGCUAAGUAUUAAAUGAUAAGAUCGAUUAUUGGACAAUCUUAUUUCAAUUUGAAUAUAGACGUGCCUUAAGAUUUUAUUUAUAUGUACUUACUGUUGUUGUUUUUGUUAUUUUGUUUACAUAAAUCAGGUUCGAUGAAGCACUGGAAAUUGCAUUUAUUUGUGGUACACUACGUCAACUCUGCGCUAACUAGGGCUGUUGAUAUUUUUUUAAUAUAUCGAACAAAAAUAUCGAUAUUUCGAGAUAUGGAUUUUUUAUCAACAGCCCUAGUGCUAACAGAGAAACCGUGCAGUGAACCACUAUUAGUUCACUCGUUGCUAGUAUUUUGCGUGUUAUCUAAUUUAUUUUUUAAAUAAUAUAGAGACAGUACAGGCUAUCUAACUGAAGAAAAACUAACAAAAUUGUCGUCGCUUAAACAAAUAUAUCACUUACUGUUCUUUCAUAAUGGUGUACUUACGAGUAGGUACAUUCAAAAAGUAGGAUAACUGAAUACUGAAAAGUGAAAUAACAGACAAAAUAUUCAAAACACUGAAUUUUAUUUUUAUUUAUAAUACUCAAACUAAACACUGGACAGUUACGAUUUACCGGCGAAGAGCCUACACAACACUAGACAAUAUACUCAUUUACUUAUUAGCCAACAAAAAUGUAUUGUUUGUGUAUAUACCUACGAAACAUGAACAAAAUGAACUUUAAUAAUAACACCAACAAAAUGGACUUUUGACAAUUAGAAUGCUUUUCAGUAUUCAAGACAUGCCUCUACUAUCAAGUUAAAUAACUCUUUGCAAACAGUUAUAAAGUGACAUUUUUACGCGACGUAUGUUUCGAGUCAUAUCUGUAUAGACUUAAAUUUGUCGUUUACGAUUUUACGAAAUUAUGUACAACGGCAUAAAAUAAUAACUACAAGUCAAUUUAACGAACGACGGAAACUAGGACAGUGUAAUACAACUUAUACUGUAGCAUACGUUGAAAUGAAAGAAACGUGUGUUUGUAAAGCAUCUAUUAUAAGCCGUACCUAAUAGAUAAAUGUUUUGUAAAUGUACUCACCCCUCUCUUGUGAUGUCUCCUUUCGAUUUUUUCUCUACCUAUUUUCUACAUAUUAUGUGUUAUCCAAAAUAAUUACUUUUGUAUAUAUCUUUAUCUAUUUGUGUCGAUAUAAUGUUAUUAUAUAUUAUAGUAUUAUUAAUAUUAUGUAAGACUAAGUGGAUAAUAUAUUCUUCUAAUUUUGUAUCAGAUAAAGUGUGUAAGAAGUGGUAGGUAGGUGACAAAACCGACCUUUCACUGUGACCUGCGGUACUGCCAUGCCAACGUUAGCAUUUUUCAACACGAGAUAAAUCAAGAUAAACUAUGGAGUUUAUCUUGAUAAACAUCAAUACAAUCUCAUUUUACUUACUUAAAAAAAAUCAACACAAUCUCAUUUUACUUUAGUUGCCAAAAGUUUUACUAUUGGCAACUCAAUACAUCUAUGAAGUUGCCAUCACCCAUAAUGUUACGAUACUAAAAUGCGACACUGCUAAGGUGCUACACUGCUACGGUGGCCUUCUACGACUUUCUAAGCUCGUAAAAUUUUUGGCUCUACUAUUUCUCUCUAUUUCAUGAACUCUUCCUUAUCUAUCGACUGUUGUGUCCAACUUUAUAUGCUAAAUAUAAUGCCAUUGUUUUUUAAAUCAGACAACAACGCCUUCAGAAUUAAUAUUUUACUAUUUUAGUUCAUAACACUUCAAUGUGCCAAUUUGAGAUAGAUCUUUUUUUAUAUAAUUUCUUAUUACAGUAAAUAUCUAACAUAUUAUAUCUACUGUAGACACUAGUGAAUAACAGUCAGUCUUGAAAAGUCGAUUGUUUUUUAUUUGUAUAAAUAUAAUACUCCGAAUCUGAGUAUCGAAAAAAUAUUGACAUUAAAUAAAAUAAAUACCUAAUUAAAUAUUGCGAUGUGAUUAUCAUUAUCAAAUCACUAUGGUUGUAACCUCAUGGGUCUUAGCUAUGAGAGCCACUCGGCAUUCGAACACCUACCUAUUCAUAAUGGAGCAUCUACGUACACUCAGUCAACUAUAUAGCGUCGCGGAAUAGCGUCAAUCGCAAGCUGUUACGAGGUGUAGGCAAGGUGCUGAGUAGCUUUAAGCUUAUAACUCAUCUAUCGAUACGCACACGAAGCGCUACGUAUCACCUCGAGACAUCAAUAUUCUUUUUAUGAAACUCCGUAUUUCAAAACACACUACGUAACGGUAUUGCGUCGCCUCUGACAGGCUACGGCGCUACAUAUGAUACGUAGCCCAGUGUCUACGCCGAUUGAUGAGUUCUAAGUUUUAUUGAGUUAUGUCUCAGUUUGUAAUUCAAACAAUAAGUAUACGUAGUCAUGGCAGUACAGCACGGAAAAUCAUACGUACUUUACUUAUAAUAUAAUCGUAGAUGUAACCUGACACGUGCCGAGUGCACGAUAAUUUGAUAUUACACUCUGUGUUGUGAUUUUGAACGUUCUGUAAAUUACAAAAGUCUUUAAAUACUAUAUAAAAAAAUGUAGACGACUCUUUAGAUUAGCACAAUUCUUCGCGUAGUCACGUUAGUUCAGUAAUGGUUGUAAGCAUUUAGAUUAAACAGUGGAAUUAGAUAAUCAUUGGAAGGUAUAAAUGUAUUACUUAUAAAUUUUAGAUUCAUUGUUAUAAUAUUCAAUGUGAUGUUUCGUAAGAACAACGAUUAUUCUCGAGUCCUGUCCCCCCGACUCUUCACUUGGCAUAUCCUUGAAACAAUAAGUAAUAUUAUAAAAAACUAUAUAUUGAUAAAUUUAUUAGGGUAACUAAUUUUUUAAGACAAUGACUAUUACGUGAUCUUUUAGAUUGUCUUUAUUAAUAAUAAAUAUAUGGUGAAGGUUU